UCAAAUAAAUAUUUCGAAUAUCAAUACCUACAGUUUAUAGGUGUUAUUUUAUUUGGUUUUAGAGGGAUUUAGCAUUUACAUAGCAUAAUAUAAACUGAUGUAUUAUAUACGAACAGAGCACUUCCGACUUCUAAAAUGGUAUCAUCAUGGGUGCUGUUAAACCUCUUGCACUGUAAACGAUUCAAUCGGAGGAGAUCUUCGAAGUGCAAUUCCAAGUGUGGUAAAGAAGAUGAGGACCAGGGUGCAUCUAGAGAUGAUGUCUCAAGGUCGUUAAGUUUGAAGACUGAAGACGAACAAUGUGAAUAUGAUCAAACUCUCUGUAGAGUUUGCCUCAAAGAAGGUAGUAUACCAAUCUUCGAAAGUGGAGAUUUAUCUACCGAUUUAAACACUAUCGCUGGAAUAGAAGUAAGUUUUGAUGAUACACAUCCUAAGAAUUUAUGCGAGUCCUGUAAUGCUUUGCUGCAAGGGGCUAUAUUGUUUAGAAAGACUGCCCAACAGUCUGAUGGUUUAUUAAAACAGCCUAGACAGAAUCCACCGAAACCAGAACCAAAUAAUGGUAAUGGUAACUUUACUGACACUGAAGAAGAUGUAGAAAAUUCCACAGAAGACCCUGCUUUUAAUUUUGGGGAGGAAGAAGAUGAAGAAGAGGAAGAACGAAAAAUAAAAUUAGAAAAUGAACCGGACAGAUUUCAUUGCAAAAAAUGUACUCUGGAUUUUAAUACUUAUGAAGAAUAUAAAGAACACAGAUUGUCUAAGGAGCAUGAAAACUUGAGAAAGAACUGUCCAAUUUGCAAUAAGAGCUACCAAGCAACAUACUUGAAACGUCACAUUUUGAUCCACAAUAUGGACUAUCAAUACAUUUGUGACAUUUGUGGUAAGAAAUUCACAAUACAUGGGCAGUUCAACAGACAUAGGGUAACACAUUUCAUUGGCGAUUUGCCAUUCAAAUGUUCUUUAUGUCCUUACAGAGGACGCUUUAGGGAAUCAUUGAAGACCCAUAUGAGAGUACACACAGGUGACAAGCCACAUCAAUGCCCACACUGUCCGUCACGGUUCUUUACAAACAAAAGCAAUCUUAAUAAACAUUUAUUCACACAUAAGGCACAACACGAUUUCAAAUGCGGUCAAUGUCAACAUGGGUUUUAUAAUAAAAGGGAUUUGGAAAUUCAUUACAAAGUGGUUCAUAUUGGAAUAAAAGACCAUGUUUGUAAUCUUUGUGGGAAAGCUUUUGGGUACCGAAAGCAGAUGAUGAAACAUCAAUUGAAAGUCCACAAGAGAGAUAAGCUAAGGAGUGGACGAGUGCCGUUAUAUCUCCAGCUGGAAAAGAAAAUGCUAGAAGGAAAAGAGACUUGAAAAUUGUUUAUGAUUAUUCUCUGUAGAAUAAUCUUUAACAUGUGAUUGCCUUGAGCUUAAGUGAUAUACACUACAGAACACGCUUCCAGUUACUAGAUAACUAAAAAGGAGCAACUAAAAAUAAAAUCAUAAUAACUGCUUAUGGUCUGCUGAUCAGCUACCAGUCAUGAUCAUAAUUAUAUUAUUAUGUUUAGGCACAAAAAUUAAAAAAAUACUUGAUUCAAGCAUUCAGGUCAGUUAAAUCUGAUGUAUGAUCAGGCGACAUUUUUUUAAAUUUUGAGAUUGUUUCUACAUUGUAAAUUAUAUGCUGCAAAAACAAUAAAGUACUGUCUUUAAAAAUUA